UGUGUGCGCGUGAGAGUCAGUCAGUCAGUCAGUCAGAAAUACUGUGAGAUCACAGUCAGUGUUCGUCGUGUUUGUCUGUUUGGUGCUCAGUGAGUGUAAAUGUUGAAAUGUGACUGAACUCAGUCAAACGCGAUCAGACUCGUGAGAUUUACCGGUUCAUUUAUUUGGAUCGAUUAUGGAGGUUUAUCCGUCGGAGAGUGAAAGGGUGAUGGAGGCUUGGCUCGACGACAAUCUCCAGUUCAGGCACUCGUACUUUGUCCGAAAGGCGUCUCGGGAAAUGGUGAACGCCUGGUUCGCUGAGCGUGUUCACUGCAUCCAGCCGUCCCGAGAAGGAACGAAAAUCCCGUCUGAACCCUUAACGGUCCUCCAUACGCUGGGUCCAUCUGAUGCACCGUCUCCAAGCCCUACACCGUCCACCCCGACGCGGAAGAUCUCGGCAUCUGAGUUUGACAGACCGCUUCGUCCCAUCGUGGUGAAAGACGCGGAGGGUGCCCUCACCUUUCUGAGUGACACGGAGAAGGUGGAGAUGCCGCUUUCCACCUCCCAGCGGACGGUCUCGGGCGGAGGGGGUCUGGAUGCGGGUGGAGACCGCUGUGCCCGUCUGCUGGAGCUCGUACGAGACGUUUCCAGCCAUCUGGACCUCACAGCUCUCUGUCACAGGAUCUUCUUACACACUAAUGAGUUGAUCGCAGCGGACCGUUACUCCUUGUUUUUGGUGUGUGAGGACAGUUCCAACAGGAAGUUUUUGGUCAGCCGACUCUUUGAUGUCGCUGAAGGAACCACUCUGGAGGAGGCCUCCAACAGCGGCAUUCGUCUGGAAUGGAACAAAGGCAUUGUGGGAUAUGUGGCGGCCACGGGAGAGCCUCUCAACAUUAAGAAUGCAUAUGAGGAUCCGCGCUUUAAUGCCGAAGUGGACCAGAUUACAGGCUAUAAGACUCAGAGCAUCUUGUGUAUGCCUAUAAAAAACCACAGAAACGAGGUCGUCGGUGUCGCACAAGCGAUCAAUAAGAGAUGUGGUGACAACAGCUCGUUCACAGAGCAGGACGAGAAGGAAUUUUCUUCGUACCUGGCUUUCUCUGGUAUAGUGCUACACAACGCCCAGCUCUAUGAAACAUCCCAGCUGGAAAACAGAAGAAACCAGGUGUUGUUGAAUCUGGCGAGUCUGAUCUUUGAAGAGCAACAGUCACUGGAGGUCCUGCUGAGAAAAACUGUGGCAACCAUCUUAUCUUUCAUGCAGGCGCAGGGAUGCACCGUCUUCAUUUCCGACCGCGAAACAGCAAACACAUUCUCCAGUGUGUUUCACAUGGAAUAUGAGCAGCUCGCUGGAUCUGUGGAUUUCUCAAAGAGGGAAUGUGAUGUCAACAGGAUUAACUACAUGUACGCUCAGUAUGUUAAGAACACUAUGGAGCCGCUGAACAUCACAGAUGUCACAGAGGACCAGAGGUUUCCGUGGACAAGUGAAAAUCUACAGCUGUCAAACUGUCAAGUGAAAAGUCUUUUGUGCACACCCAUUAGGAAUGGAAAGAAGGACAAAGUGAUAGGUGUGUGCCAGCUGGUGAAUAAAAUGGAUGAUUCUUCAGGAGAAAUCAAAGCCUUUAAUCGUAAUGAUGAGCAGUUCCUGGAGGCCAUCGCUUUAUUCUGUGGCCUGGGCAUUCAGAACACACAGAUGUAUGAAGCGGUCGAGAGAGCUAUGGCUAAACAAGAGGUCACGCUUGAGGUUCUGUCAUAUCAUGCAUCUGCUGCAGAUGAGGAGACCCGAGCGCUUCAGACGGCUGUGAUUCCCUCAUCACAAAGCUUCAGACUGCUGGACUUCAGCUUCAGCGAUUUCGACCUGACAGAUGUUGAGACCACACAGGCAACCAUCCGCAUGUUUGUGGACCUCAAGCUUGUGCAGAACUUUCAGAUUAAAUAUAAGAAUUUGUGUCAGUGGAUUUUCAGCGUGAAGAAGAACUACAGAAAGAACGUUGUCUAUCACAACUGGAGACACGCCUUCAACACGUCUCAGUCCAUGUUUGCGGUUCUUAAAAGCGGGCAGGUUCAGAAUAAUCUGAGUGAUCUGGAGGUUUUGGCUCUGAUGAUCGCAACAUUGAGUCAUGAUUUAGAUCACAGAGGCGUCAAUAACUCCUACAUCAAAAGGAGUGAACAUCCGCUCGCUCAACUCUACUGUCACUCAACCAUGGAGCAUCAUCACUUUGACCAGUGUCUUAUGAUCCUCAACGGACCUGGGAAUCAGAUUCUGAGCGGUCUCUCCCUGGAGGAGUACAAGACAACGCUGAAGAUGAUAGAAAAGGCCAUUUUGGCUACUGAUCUGGCCGUCUAUAUGAAGAAGAGAACAGAAUUCUUUGAGUUGGCUAAGAACAGUCAGUUUGUUUGGGAGGAUGAAGAGCACAGAGAUCUUCUCAGGUCGAUGCUGAUGACAGCAUGUGAUAUUUCUGCCAUCACAAAACCCUGGCCAGUACAGAAGAGGAUAGCAGAACUGGUUGCCACGGAGUUCUUUGAACAGGGAGACAAGGAGCGGCAAGAGCUGAACAUUGAACCUAUCGAUCUGAUGAACAGAGAGAAGCGAGAUCAAAUUCCCAGCAUGCAAGUGUCUUUUAUUGAUGCCAUUUGCACACAGUUGUAUGAGGCGUUGACCGGCCUCUCGGAGUUCUGCUCCCCCCUGCUGGAGGGUUGCAGGAGGAACAGACAGAAUUGGAAAAUCCUCUCUGAACAAGGAGACGAAGAAGCUUUACUAAACUGAGGACUGUAGUAUUUCACUCCGACGUACACAGACGUUCUUUCCCAGAAGCUGAAGGAGUUACACUUUAAUCCUGUAACAGCGCCCAGACAUUCAACUACGAAAGACACACGAGCAAGUUGAGUGUGUGAGAUGCAGAAAGACUUGAUGAUGAAACAGAAGCAUGCAUCUUUACACGUUCAGCAGAAGCAGUAAUGAAAGAGAUGUUUUGACUACUGUAACGAAAUGUUCUGGGUUCAACACAAGUAAACAUGUAUGUACAUGACCUGUGGCCGUCAGUUUGCAAACCAAAAGAACAAAUUUACAAGAGGGGCGAGACAUUACAAACGUCUGCUUUUAAUAUUAUUGAUGUGUUUAUAUUUAUUUUUAUGUAUAUUUGUUUUCUAGGCCGUUAGUCUGAGUUUUAAAGGCACUAGACUAUUAAAAGUUUUUUGAAGAACCAUUCAGUCAAAGGUUCUUGAAAGAACCAUCUCUUUCAUACUUUUUUAUCAUCACAAGAACCUUUUUUCACCACAAAGAACCUUCGGACAGUUCUUUGUGGAACCAAAUGGAUCAUCUUCAGCAUUGAAGAACCAUUUGAAGCACCUUAGUGUACCACUGUAGGUGGAUUCUCCUGUGGGUAAAUUUAGCUCUUUGUGAAAGUUGUAGUUUUACAAGUUCACACAAGAAUUGCAUUUUUUUAUGAAUUCACACUUUGUCUCACACGAAAAAAAUACUGUAAUAUUGACAGUAGUAAACUUCUUAGAUACUCCAGUGCUUUUGAAUCUUACUGUACUAUGGUCAAUUUUAAAGUAUACUACAGUUUAUAAGUUCACUAUAGUCAAUUCUACAGAAAACUGUAUUAUUAAUUAUUAAAAUAUAGUUUACUAUAGUCAAUAAUUACUCUAUCAUACAACAGUAUUUUUGUAGUGGGAUGUCUCGUGGCUUUACGUUUGAAAGGUUUUGUAUGUAUUCUAGCCCCAGUGUCUUCUAUUAUAAAUUCACUACUAUAAACACAAUAGAUGAUGUUUUUACAUACCAAACUUGACUUGUGUUGAAUCCUGAACAUUCCUUUCUCAUUGUUCUUAGGCUUGUGAAGAGGGCAUUGACACUGAAGUGUUUAGUUUUCUAGUUGUUUUGUGCAGCUCAUUUACUUACUGAGGUAUAUGCAGAUAUUAGAAAUGUUUAUUUUGCUACAUUGCACUGUUAAAGUAGGUUGAGCAUAAAAAACUCAUUGCAGACAUAUUUCGAUGUUUAACUGUGUUUUACACAAAGUCUGUUUCAGACCUUAAGGCGUUUUAGUUUCUACACAUGUGUACUUUCAAAGAAACACUGAAGACGUUUUAAUCCUAUGAUAUGUGAACUUUUUGUAUAGUGUAUGUGUGAAAGUCUUUUAUAAUGACAUGUGCACACCUAUAGAAUAGAUUUGUGUUAAAGUGACAGUGACACGACCCCUGUAGAAAUGUUUAAUAUGCUGCGAUAGAUUGUUUAGAAACACUUUUUUAAACAUAACUUAAAGGACCUGACUUCA